AAUCGAAUUAUAAUUUCUUUGAAUACUUUCUGAACGACUGCGCAGUCAUUCAGUCAUUCAAUGACAACAUUUCUAACGAUGUUUUCCGUCAAAACCUUCCGACUAUUGACCGCCAAAUCUGGUCUCCGAGUGCCGCGUCGUGGCCUCAAUGUUCACGAACACGUGGCCAUGGAUGUGCUGCGUCAGGGAGGCGUCAAUGUGCCCCACUUUGGCGUCGCCCGAACCCCUCAGGAGGCGAUGGAAGUGGCGCGCAAACUGUCGUCUUCGGACUUUGUGGUCAAAGCACAAGUUCUGGCCGGCGGUCGAGGUCGCGGCCAAUUCAGUUCGGGUUUGAAAGGAGGCGUAAAACUUGUUUAUUCGACGGAAGAAGUUCACGACGUUUCGCGACAAAUGCUUGGCCACUCUUUGGUUACGAAACAAACCGGAGAUAAAGGAAUCAAAUGCUCAGAAGUGAUGAUUGUUGAGCGCGUGUUUCCCCGACGCGAGUAUUACUUUGCUUUAAUGAUGGAACGGGCCUUCAAUGGACCCGUUAUUAUCGCUUCUUCUCAAGGAGGAAUGGCUAUUGAAGACGUCGCUCGCGAUACUCCCGAAGCCAUUGUCACUCAGCCCAUAGAUAUCGAGAAAGGAGUGGACAGGGAUUUGGCGUUAUCUGUGGUGAAAAAGUUGGGUUUUCAUGCGUCGAGUCACGAACAAGCCGUCGAUUUGAUUCAAAAACUUUACGAAGUUUUCCUCUCAAAAGACGCGCUAAUGAUUGAAAUCAAUCCAAUGAUUGAAGACACUUCGGGUCAAGUGUUGUGUUUGGACGCCAAAUGCCGUUUCGACGACAACUCAGAGUUUCGUCAAAAAGAGAUUUUCUCGCGAAAAGACACGACACAAAUAGACGAACGCGAACUUCAGGCUUCACUUCAUAAUCUCAAUUAUAUUGCAUUAGACGGCGAUAUCGGAUGUCUCGUCAAUGGUGCCGGACUGGCCAUGGCUACAAUGGACGUCAUUAAGCUGCACGGCGGCAAUCCGGCCAACUUCUUGGAUGUCGGCGGCGGAGCGACUGCACAACAAGUCACUGAAGCCUUUCGACUAAUUUCUUCAGAUUCCAAGGUUCAGGCGAUUCUGGUGAACAUUUUUGGCGGAAUCAUGAGAUGUGAUAUCAUUGCCGAAGGAGUGAUUGCGGCCGCAAAGACAUUGGAUUUGAAGAUUCCUAUUGUUAUUCGACUUCAAGGCACUCAAGUCGACGAUGCGAAGGCUCUUAUAGCCGCCAGUCGUUUGCGAAUCCUGGCCUGUGAUAACCUCGAGGAAGCGGCCAAAAUGGUCGUUAAAAUGUCGGCUAUUGUGGGUUUGGCGCGUUCUGCAGCCGUUUCUGUCAAUUUUGAACUUCCGAUUUGAAUGCCUUUAAGUUUACUGUUAUUUAAAUAGCGUUUAAAGAGUUUGAUUCAAAUCAUUUGAAAUGUUUUUAAUUAUAUAUAGAUUUAAGAAUAAUUUACAUCUGUUUUACACAAAUUCAGUUCAUUUUUAGUUCAUUUUAUUAUUAAUUAUUUAUUUUAAUUAAUUACCGUUAAAUUGUGUUUUACCGUUAAAAUAUGGAAAAAUCAUAGGGAAUAAUGCGAUUUUGUAUGAAAAAUAUAGAUUUUUACUUUGAAUAAUAAUUUGCUUGUUUUUAUAUAUUUUCAAGAUUUGCCACCCCUUGUAUUUGGACGUCUCUAGUUGUUCCAAACCCUUUUAAUAUGCUAUCUAUUUACUGAUUUAUAAUAUGUAAAAAUACUGUGAAUGUAUAUAAAAGUCAUUUAUUGUUAAACACUGUUAUAACUAAUUAAUUAAUUACUUCUAAUAUCUAAAUAUACCGGUUUUAAUAGAUUACUGUUAAUUAUUGGUCAUUACAGUUCCCUAUUCCCCCAAUUUUGCUUUUCCCCACUUUAAUUUAACCCACAACCAGGGGUGGUAAAAAAUGCGGUUUUUUACCGUAUGAAAGCGUUAUUUUUCAUUUUUUUGAAUUCCAUUGAAUUGAAAUAAAACACGAUUUUACGGUAAUAUUCUCCUAAUUUUAAGGUGAGAUUCACUUUUUAAAACUAAUAAAUGUUUUAUUAAAUUAUAAUAAUUACUGUUA